AUGUGUCGAGGAAGUCGGCCAACCCGCAGACCACAGCCGACUUCCUCGACACACCCCAGGUGCCGGAACACCGGGGCGUUCAGGUCUAUGUUUACGCCACCGGUAUUUCAAGGCAAUCCGGAAGAUGACGUCAGCGACUGGCUGCUGUUCUACGAGCGGGUAGGGGAUUUCAACGGUUGGGACGGAACGCGCCGUGAGCAGUACCUGUGCGUUGCUCUUGAUGAAAAUGCCAGAAAAUGGUACUCCACGACACUGCGAGGGACCAACGCACCAACUACCUGGGAAGCGUGGAAGGCAGCGCUCAAGGAGACCUUUGGGAACAACAGCAUGCAGGAGUGGGCCCAUCUGCAGCUCAGCCAGCGGUUCCAGCUGCCGUCGGAGCUAACGGAACAGUACUUCUACGAUGUACUUCAACUCUGCGCUCGAGUCAACGAGGCCAUGACAGAGGAGGAAAAGCUCCGACAGCUGACCCGCGGCCUCAGGCCAGAAAUGCUGAAACGAGUCGUUCUGGCCAACCCGCAGACCACAGCCGACUUCCUCGACACAUCCCAGCGUCUGGCCCAAGCAAGUGAGAUGGCCAAACAUAAUAUGUGGGCUAUGCCGUCACAUCCACUGCCGGGAUUCAACACUCGGCCGUCCCAACACGCGAGUCAGGAGGUACGAGCCAGCCAAACUUUCUCCGACCCCCAAGGAGCAACGCCACAAGGGAUGACCGCACGGGCUUCCACCAACAGCCGUCUGCGCCACCACCUGAGGUUAUGUCGUCGCCACAACUGCAAUCGGAGGUAG